GCCAUUCGCUUGGAUCGCUUUGUCAAGAUUGUCACUUGUCAUUUUCUCUUGUGUCUUGUCUUUAGUCUAUGUGACUAUAAGUUAAUCUUUGAAUUAAUCCUAAUGUUGGUGUGAGUAGAAAAUAAAGUUGUUUUUAAUUUUGUUGAUUAAACCAUUUUCUCUCAAAAAUCAAUAUAAUUGUUGAAUAAACGACAAUCUACAGUUGUGUGAAACUGUGAAGUGUGUAUAUUGCGUGAUAACUGGAAUGCAGUCAAGGAUAUUAUUCAAAACAUUGGUUUAUAAGAAAAUCUGUUUUUGUUAAUGUGGAAUGAUGUGAUAAGAUGCGGCAAUGUCGUUGCUACAGCAAAGAGCUCCAUUGAGAUGGAAGGAGUGGCUGCCUUUAAUCACUGAACAGCAACGAUUGAGGAGCGUAAUACAGAUAAUUGCGUACAAUGUUAAAUACGAAACCGAAAAUAAAUGUGAAAAAUGCUCCUUCUACUACACACUGCAUACAACAACGAUGUCAGCACCGUUUUACACCAGCGAAAAAUUGGAGAGUGAAAAUCCAAAGUGGGCUGAGUUGGAAGUCAACAGACAAUUCGGAACAGCCAAAGGCGUUGUUAUCAGGCUGUGGCAGCACAGUGAGCAAGGUGAUCACGUGAUCACAGUCUGGGGAGUCUACUUCAGUGGCCUGGUGUAUCUCGGCCCGAAACUGGUCUCGUCCGAUCCCAGCACCUUGCAAUCCAACACAAUAAUAUUCUAUAUGAAAGGUGGCUACUUCACAGCACCGCACUGUUUCAAGAGCGCGCGAUCUCCCCCCACUAGGAGAAGAACCACUCAGCUGCCUUCGGCCGACGUCAAACCCAGCUACACUGCCAGCUCACUCUCAAGGUUACAUACAGUUCAGCAUGCCAUCAAAAAGCAGGUGCAAGCAGUGGACCUGUUGAGGGAGAAGAUAACAGCUGGCGGUCUGGGCCACAGCAAUGAGCCCAAAGAGAGCGCCAUUCUGAGGCGGUUGAUGAGCAAAGGUCGGCCCAGAGCUCAGUAUCAAGAUUUCCUAAAGAUUAAAAAGGAAACUGAGAUUGUGCGCUACAAAGUACAACUUUUAACCCAAGAAAAAGAUAGGAAACUAUCAGAACUGAGGCAGAUUGCUGCUAAAAAAGAUAGUAUUACUGAGGAGAAUCAGGAUAGAGGCUGUGAAUUGAUGGAACGCUACCGAUCGCUAAAUAGAGAUGUAGAAAAAUUGAAAGAAUGUAGACGAAUCGCUGCUGAAACCAAAGAUGCUCUUUCGCAAAUAAAUUCCCAAUUAAUGUUCAGACGGAGGCAACUCAUUAGUGAGCUGAAUCUUAUCUACCCAAUACUUCAGAUGGCAGAUGACAAGUAUACGAUUUGCGACGUCCACCUGCCGAAUUCGGAGGACUUUGCCGGCGUGAACGAAGCGAUGAUCUCGGUCGGUCUGGGCUUCGUCGCCCAUCUGCUUCACAUGAUCUCCUACUUCCUCAACGUUCCACUGCGCUACCCCCUCUUCCACUUCGGAUCAAGGAGUACCAUCAUCGAUCACAUAACCGACAAAAUAUCCGAAAAAGAGAGAGAAUUCCCCUUAUUUGCCAAAGGAAAAGAAAAGCUGCAAUUUAAUUACGGCGUUUAUCUAUUGAACAAAAACAUUGCUCAACUGAGGUGGUAUUGUGGUCUUACAACCUCCGAUCUGAGAGCAACUUUACCAAAUCUCGCUGAUCUGCUCAAUUUGAGGCCAUCGCAUAGUUUAUGCGGGUUCGAAGUGCACCACCGCACACUGUCGAGCUCGUCGAUCGGCUCAUCGCCGAGUCCCGUGAACCCGCCGCGACUCUCCUCCGCACGCCACCACCGGGCGCUCAAGGCCAACUCGGGCCUCAGCUUCUCCCUGGACAAGGGCCUGGACGAGCUGCAUGCCGACGCAGUCACGCCGACCCCGUUCCGGGCCCCCGAAGCCCCCGCCAUUCAGCCCACCAGUCAUCCGUCGCCGGCCAACGGGAACGGGACCUCUCUGCCGCUCAACGUCGAAGGUUGCUGGAACUGCGACGAACUGAGCGUCAUGUCGGCGCCCGAACAACUCGAAACGCUCUCUCGCAACAGUCCCGUCAUCAGUGUAGAUAGUAAACUCAACGAUCUGGGAAGGUUGCAAGACUUCAAAGUGACUUUACGGAAAGAGGAGCUUGCCUCCACCGACUAGUUUCAAUGGAAAGAUGAAGUUGUCACUGUCACAUGAAGAUAAUCCCUGUCCCUUGAUAAUCCGACUAUUGUUUAUUCAAUACACCGAAUCUUCAUUUAGUUCAUUUAAUCGUGAAUGAGUAUUAUAAUUUAAUACACCAAGAAACAACAGGCUUACGUCUGAAACUCACCCUUUCCCAUUCUAUACAGGCAGUCCAAAUCUAUCAAUAUUUUUUAAUCGAACAUUUACAAACUCUAAACUGAGGAAAAAUAAUUUAAUCGUGAACGAUUAUUGUAAUUUAAGACAAGAAACACAACAGCCUUAAGCCGCGUUUACACCAAAGUUAUUAACAAAAUGUCAAUAACUUAAUCCUUAUAGAUUCUAUUAGAUUGAAUAUAACUUACAUACACAUGAUGAACGCAUGUAUUUGUCAAGUUCCGUUCAAUCUAAUACAAUCUAUAAGGAUUAAGUUAUUAAUAUUUUGUUAAUAACUUUGGUGUAAAUGCGGCUUUACGCCUGAACUUCCGCCGUUUCCAUUCUAUAAAGACAGCUCAAAUCUAGAUAUGUGUCAAUCUUUUUUAAUCGAACAUUUACACACUCAAAAACCAU